AUGGAUCCCCCACUAAUCAAACCACCAAUCCCACCGGAACCCCCGGAUAAGCACAACCAAAUGGAUGUAGAAUUACCAACCCACUCCUAUAAGAAAAUGCUCUUGGACAAACCGGAGAGCAACCAAACUGAUUACUAUGAGGUUGACUCUCAUCCAAAUCCAGAUCUCAACAAAGGGAAGCACAUUGAACGUUUAAUUCCCCUUUCACAAGAUAACAAAAAGUGCCUUUACCUUCCAUGGCGCUACUCAAUAAUCAUCAAGGUCUUCAAGCGAAAGAUGCCCCACCAUGUCCUUCGAUCUAAACUAAUUGAGCUAUGGAAACCAUCCAAACAGCUAAUCUGGAUUGACCUAGGGUGGGACUUCUACAUAGUCAAAUUUAGUUUAGAAGAAAGUAUGGUUAAGGCUCUCCACCUUGGCCCCUGGUUCAUCUCUGGAAAUUUCUUAUCUGUGCGCAAAUGGGAACCUAAAUUUGUUGCUCAAGAAGCAACCCUUACUUCUACUGCCAUAUGGAUCCGGCUCCCUCAAUUACCAACAGAAUUCUACGAUCAGGACAUCCUAGAAAAAGGGAAGAUAUGCCCGUAUUUGUAUCCAAGUACCACUGGAAACCCCAGUGGAAACAUCGGUUAUAAUAGGAGACCAAAGCAAGUUGUGAUAUACGAAGGAGAAGGGACUUUGUGCACCAUUUGUGGCAGAAUCGGGCACACUGCACAAGGUUGCAAUUAUCGGGCAGCCACACCCACAACAACCCAUGAGCCACAUGUAGCGCAACAGAGGAAAGCAGUCCAAACGGAGGAAACCGAGUGGAAAACUGUUACCUUCCCAAGAAGACGAAAGCAAAGGUUAGCGAAAUCAACAAAUAAAAAUGGUGUCGGAAUGAAUAAACCAUAA